AUGUUUCCUGAAAUUGAUCACAAGGCUGUGGCAGCUCUCCUCCGUGGCCAAGGAUGUGCUAACAGUCUCAAAAUGCUCCUCGAAAACCGCGAGAUAGGCUCAGUUUCAGUAGGGACACUCAUCAACACCAUUCUCGAUUCUUUCUCACUUGCUCUUUCUUUUGUGGAUUCUCCUAAUCCUCCACAAAACUACGAGUCUUCUUCUUCUCAAAACAUGCCCCGGCUUGUGUCUCGGAGCCCAUUUAAGAAGUCUUCUAUAGUUUUAGAUGUAAGUAUCCGUGCAAUACACGCUUUAACCAUUGCUCGUAUACAACAUUGCAGAAAGAUUUGUGGAGUCGAAGUUAUAGAGAAAUACAGAGACGAUUCCCCGACUCCACUACUCGAAGACGGCUUCGUCUGGAGGAAAUAUGGACAAAAAAACAUCAAAACCUCUCCGCACCAAAGGUGUUACUACCGAUGUACCUAUGCGAAAGACCAAAACUGUAAUGCUACAAAGCGUGUGCAGAAGAUCAAAGACAAUCCUCCAGUGUACCGAACCACCUAUGUGGGACAACAUACGUGUGAAGCUUUGUCUUAUGCAGUCUCUUUGAACAACGAUGAUACUCACUGCUUCAAAAUGAUCCAGUUCGAGAAAUGCAACCAUGUCAUGUCUGAAUCAGUUAUGCCUCAACUCCCAUCGAUUAAUCACCAAGAAAUUACUAUGGAGGACAAAGCCACAGACCAUAUGAUGAACCUCGAAUUUGAUAAUAACGAGUUUUUGGUGGAUGAUGACAAAAUCUGGGAUUAUGAUUUUUCCUCAUUGUCAUCAACAGACCUUAUGUUCUUUGACAACAUUGCUGCUUCUGAUUAG